GCGAUUAUCGAUGUUUGAAAAAAAUAGUACAUAAAAAGUGACGUUCGAAAAAUUUCUUUGGCUUUUACGAAGAGUUUAUUGAAUAGUGUUGAAAAUUGAGCGAAUAUUUGGAAAAAAAUUCCUCACUUUCGAUGUACCUGCCAGUUCAUUUAUUGACACGCGCUCGAAUAACCGAGGCUCGUGAGAAUCGGCGCUUUUUUUCACAGCAAAUAAAAAUAUUCAAAUUCAACGAAAAACUGGAAUUGCCAGAGGUUUAUUCCGCCGAUGGGCUAAUGAGCGGAGGGAAUAUGCGGAUUCAAUCAAGGUCCGGCGGCCAUAUAAGCAGCGUAUAAAUCGCCCGAAGAAAAAUAAAACGUCUCCAAAUGUGGUGGCCUCUCGUUGAUAAUUCAUUAACCUUUUAACACAAACUUUUUUUUGCUCUUCUGCCGAAAAAAAAACUCGUCGUGGGUCGGUAUAUAAAAGAUCGAGAAAUUUUUAGUGCCAUCAUUCGAUUCUUCAAAGUCAGAUUCAAACGAACGGACUCCAAAAUGAUGAGAUUUGUCGCCCUCGCAUUGUGUACGAUCGCCACGGUCCACUGCGCCACGCUGGCCACGCUAGCAGCGAACCCCGACUUCGAGGCGAAAAUAUUGCAGCAAGAAUCGGAUUUAAAUCCGGAUGGCUCUCACUUCAACAUAUUUGAAACUGAGAACGGAAUUAAAGUUCGGCAAGAAGGAUCCGUUAAAGUUCUUGGCGAAGAAGCCGCUGUACAUUCCGUACAAGGAGAAUUUUCGUAUUACAGUGGUGGGUCUGGCGACCCGUAUGUUGUGACUUACGUUGCAAACGAAAACGGCUAUCAACCGCAGGGAGCGCAUUUGCCAACACCACCACCAGUCCCGGUAGCGAUUGCACGAGCUCUUGAAUACAUCAAAGCCCACCCUUACGUCGAAAAACAAUAAAAACCACGUAUCCGUUGCUUGAACGGAAUGAAUAUUUCAUACGACCAAACUAUGGCUAAUUUUUCUUUAUAUAUAUGUGCAUAGAUUAUCUGAUUAAUAAAAAUAUGUGAACUAAAA